UACUCGGUUCACAGACUGGUUCAGUCGCUUCCAGCGGUGUCUGUCUGACCUGUCGAAGUAGAUUCAUUCAGGAGCGUCCUAAACUGACAAGAGGGUCAAAUGAAACUGUAUAUCGCCGACGGAAACCCGCACUGUAUUAAAGUGCUGGCGGCGCUGGAGCUCACUGGAGGGACAUGUGACACAGCAGUGGUCAGCCACGAGGAGAAAGUGGUCCCUCACUUCACUCGCCCUGUGUCACCCGCUCUGCUGUUACCCGAUGGCCAGCAUCUCUUCAGCCCCAACAGCAUCUGCCAAUACCUGUUCGACAUCAGCGGUCAAAAGGCGACUGACGCAACUAACCAGUGGCUAGAAUGGGAAGCAACCAAUUUACAGCCGGCAGUGCUGCAGUCUCUCCACAUGGUGGCGCUGCAGGGGAAACAUGUCGAAGCGGCCGCUGUGAUGAAGGAGCCACUGAACUGGCUGGAACAGAGUCUGAGCAAGAAAAACACACCGUUCCUUACUGCAGUGAGUCCAGUUCAUCAUAAACACACACAUCUGUGUCUCUGCGAAGAACCGGCAGUGCUGCAGUCUCUCCACAUGGUGGCGCUGCAGGGGAAACAUGUCGAAGCGGCCGCUGUGAUGAAGGAGCCACUGAACUGGCUGGAACAGAGUCUGAGCAAGAAAAACACACCGUUCCUUACUGCAGCUGAAGACGGCGAGCAUGUGAUGACAGUGGAAGAGAUUGAAGAGGCUGCUCAGAUCUGGUCUGAAGGACUCAAAGGUUCUCCUGCAGUCACAGAGAGGAAACACCCAGUUCUCCCUCAGGAAGGAAAGAGAAACGUGCUGCUCACCAGCGCUCUGCCAUACGUCAACAACGUGCCGCACCUGGGAAACAUCAUCGGCUGUGUGCUCAGCGCUGACGUGUUCGCCAGAUACGGUCGUUUGCGCGGCUGGAAUCUGCUGUUCAUCUGCGGUACGGAUGAGUACGGGACGGCGACGGAGAACAAGGCUCGUGAGGAGGGUUUGACGCCGCAGGAGAUCUGCGACAAAUAUCACGCCGUCCACGCCGACAUCUACCAGUGGUUCCAGAUCGACUUCGAUUUCUUCGGUCGCACCACCACUGAACGGCAGACUGAGAUCGCUCAGGACAUCUUCUGGCGUCUGCAUGGGCGGGGUUUUCUGCUGGAGGACACGGUCGAGCAGCUGCGCUGUGAAAGCUGUCAGCGCUUUUUGGCCGAUCGCUUCGUGGAGGGCGAGUGCCCUCACUGCCGUUACCCAGAAGCCCGCGGGGACCAGUGUGACAAAUGCGGCCGUCUGAUCAACGCUGUGGAGCUCAGGAAUCCGCAGUGUAAGGUGUGCAAGGAGACGCCGGUGAUCCGCUCCUCUAAACACCUGUUUCUGAACCUGCCGAAGCUGGAGGACGAGCUGGAGCAGUGGCUCGAUAAAUCGACAGGCUCCGGCGACUGGACGGCAAACGCGCGGCACAUCACGCACUCAUGGCUCCGCGACGGCCUUAAACCGCGCUGCAUCACACGUGACCUGCGGUGGGGAACACCUGUGCCACACGAGGAAUACAAGGAGAAGGUGUUCUAUGUGUGGUUCGAUGCUCCUAUUGGCUACCUCUCCAUCACCGCAAACUACACCGACCAAUGGGAGAAGUGGUGGAAGAAUCCUCAGCAGGUGGAGCUCUAUAACUUCAUGGCGAAGGACAACGUUCCCUUCCACAGUGUAGUGUUCCCUUGUUCACUUCUCGGAGCUCAAGACAACUACACACUGGUGAAUCACCUCAUUGCUACGGAAUACUUGAAUUACGAGGACACGAAGUUCUCCAAGAGUCGAGGCGUCGGUGUGUUCGGUGACAUGGCUAAAGACACCGGGAUCCCGUCGGACGUCUGGCGCUUCUAUCUUCUGUAUCUGCGGCCGGAAGGACAGGACUCUGCUUUCUCCUGGAGCGACAUGGCUCUCAAAAACAACUCCGAGCUCCUCAACAACCUCGGCAACUUCAUCAACAGGGCCGGGAUGUUCGUCAGUAAGUUCUUCGACGGCUGCGUUCCUGAGAUGCUCCUGAAUGAAGAUGACAAUCGGCUCAUCGCUCAGGUCCGCUGGGAGCUCAAGCAGUACAUCCAGCUGCUGGAUAAAGUCAGGAUCCGUGAUGCUCUGAAGUGCAUCCUGAAUAUCUCUCGUCACGGGAAUCAGUACAUCCAGGUUAACGAGCCCUGGAAGAAGAUCAAAGGAGGAGACGGUGACAGGCAACGGGCCGGGACAGUGACAGGUGUGUCAGUGAACGUGGCGUGUCUCCUGUCGGUCGUGCUGGAGCCGUACAUGCCGUCUGUCAGUCACACCAUCCGCCAGCAGCUGCAGGCUCCGCCCACCUGCGUCAGCGCAAUGCUGCAGAACACGGGAACCUUCAUCUGCACUCUGCCCGCCGGACACUGCAUCGGCACGGUCAGUCCUUUGUUCCAAAAGCUGGAGAACGAACAGAUCGAGGUUCUGAGGAAGAGAUUUGGAGGACAACAGCCAGAAGAGGAGAGCGCUAAAGUGAAGGCUCGAGUCGAGACCAAACCCAGCGCUGGUGCGGCGCAGGACGCCUCGGUGAAUGUAAACGCAGAUCCAGAGAGAGCCAAACAGCUGACGGCUUUAGUGGCAGAACAAGGCAAUAAAGUACGAGGCCUAAAAGCUCAGAAAGCUGAGCAGUCUGUUAUUGACGAGGCAGUCGAGACAUUACUGGACCUGAAAAAACAGCUUUCUCUUGCGGAGGGCAAGAACCCGGAGCCGGCCGCUCAGAAACGAAAGAAGAAAUAAAAAGGUGAUCAUGAGGAAAAAAAUCAAAAAUUCAUCAUACAGGAAUAUUUUCAGGGCUUUACUGCACUAUUCAUCCACUCCUAUAAAAAUACAAACUAUCCUUUUUAAAAUGCAAUGAAGUCUGUUAAAUUAUCUUUUUAAAAUGCAAUAAAAUCAAUGUGUUUCUCACUGUUUCUUGUUACUCUGAAACAACCAUAUUUUAUUCACACAAUCAAUA